AUGGCCACCCAUCAUUUCUCACAGCCUACCAGUCUUGGCGAGAAGCUCGACGACGUACAGAUCGAUGUCGCCGAGAUUCAGGCGGACUUGCCAACGCCGGACACUGAGCAGCUUACCAUGCUGAACCGUGGUUCCCUCGAAUCGCCCUUCGCAGUCGUGGAGAAGCCACAGAUAAGCAGAUGUCCCCCAGAUGUAUCCAUCGAUCGUCCUAGAGAUGCGAGCCCAGCGUGCUCUGUGCGAAGCUCUUACAGCAGCACUCGAGUGUCUCGUCGUCGAACAAGCCACCGUCACGGACAUCACCGUUCUGAGGUAUCCAAGGAGCUCAACUUUCAAGCUGAAACCGAAUUCUCCGCCUUGAUGGAACUCAUGACUGGCAUUUCCAGGCGCAGUAUAUCUCUACGGGAGGUCUGGACCAAAAUCAUUUCGGAGCGUGACUCCUGCUAUUUGGAGAUGGAUCGCAUGUGCGAGCGCAUCGACGAGUACACGGAGAUCAUUGAGCGCAAGGAGCGCGAAUGGCACAAUCACAACCAUGAGCACGAGCAGAGCAAGACUGAGAUUGCGAAGCUCAAGAUAGAAAUCACUGCCGCUCUUGCUAGUGUUUCAGAGUUCAAACAAAAGCUGUCUGAUCGGGAUUGCGAGUUGGGCGAAGCGCGUCGCGAGAUCGCCGAGCAAAAGGAUGUGUUCAAAUACCUCAAGGAGGAGAAGGAGAAGACAGAGACAACCCUACAGGAGACUUCUGCGCUUCUGAUGCUGACCGAGGAGCGGUGCAAGCACGCUGAGGUUGAUGCAAAGAGACAUGAGUGCGAGCUACGUGAUCUCAAGGAGACAUAUCAUGAGCUCGAGGCAAAGAGCACCGAAACGAGCACCAAGUAUGAGUCGAUGAAGACGGACUUCACUAGUGUCAAACAGAGCUAUGCCAUUCUCAAGAAGGAGAAGCAUGAGUGGUUGCAUGAAAAGGGAGAGCUCGAGGAACAACUUCGCAAGUGCCACCACAAGCAUGACGAAUCCAAGCGUAAGCUCAAGGAGACGAUUGAGUACUAUGAGAAGAAGGAAAAGGAGGACAAGGAGACUAUUGAGAGGACAGAGCGAGAAGUGCGCGAAUCCAGGGAGAAGGUCAUCAAGCUGAAGAGUGAGAAGAAGGAGCUUGAAGAGAGAUGCAAGGUCUUGGUGUGCAACUAUGACGAGGAGCACUGCCGCUGGGAAGAUGCCGAAGAACGCUGUGGAAAGUGGAAGCUCAAGUGGGAGCACGCUGAACGCGAGAUCACUUCUAUUCGGGAAGAGCUUCGCGUCAUUGAGUCCAAGCAGAGCGAACUCAAGGAAACGAUCACCAAGAAGACUGAAGAGCUCAAACGCAUCACCAAGAUUAAGGAGCAUCUCGAGCGCGACUACCACGGCAAGUGCAAGGAGGCGGAGAACAGCCACCGCGAGAUUCUUGUGCUCAAGGAAUCGAUUCGCCGCCACGAGACGACGAUCAAGGAGAAGAGUGAAGAGAUUCACACUCUCAGUGAACGCAUUGAGCGCCUGCAGUCGGAAUGCGAAAGUCAUCAAGGUAAAUGCACCAAUCUGGGAGCAGAGAUCACCUCCCUGCAAGCUGUUAUGAUCUCGCUCAAGGCGGAACUCAGCCUCGCACAUGAGGACCACGACUGCACGAAGAAGAAGCUGCACGAGUGCGAGACAAGAUAUGAGUCAAUCUGCGAGACCUACGAGGAAAGCCAAGGCGGUCAUUCUGAUUACGAGUACCAGCUUACACAGCUGCGUACUAUGCUCCGGGAGGCGCGCAGUGAGAAGGAACGCGCGAUCAAGGCUCGCACCGAGGCAGACCAUGAGCGCGACGAGGCCGUGACAAGGUAUGAGGCCAAGUGCAGGGAUUUGGAGGAAUUAGAGGAGUUCUAUGCAAGCAGGCAGCAUGAGCAUCACCAUAAAGAGGGCAGGCGAACGAUCAGGGCGAGCUACGGAUUCAGGAGUGUGAACAGCAUGGGCAGUGUGGUGAAGAGUGAGGACAUGUAG